CCCCUGGAAUUCGCAUGUGGGUGUUCACAGUCGUUCCUUGGAGGAGGCGGCGCGGGCAUGCCCCCGUGUUUUCCUGGGUCUCUGCUUCCUCGUGGCUCGGUGUGUGGCAUGGCCCUGGCAGGGUGACAGCAGGAGUUUUUCCUGCAUUUCAUGUGGUUCCCUGAAUAGCCACUAGGUAACUCGGCGAGUUGCGCAACCUAACGAAACUCCUGGCGUUUCAUCAUCCGUCGCUACUCACCUCCCAGAGAAUCACACUCACCCUCACCUUCCAACCUUCCCUCCGCCAUUCGGCCAGCCAGCGGGGGGGAGGAGGAACCCUGCCCACUCCCUCAUCCCAUCCUUCUCCGCCCUCCUGCCGGGUCCCUCGCUGGAAACAGAUACUCAAACCUGAUUUCUUGAGGCUUGUGGAUGGAAUACAUGGCAAAGGCUUGAAAGAGCAUGUCUGUUUAAAGAUGGCAGCGUGACUGUCGUGGGAAUAUGUCACUGGAAAUUAGGUUGCCUGAGGUGGCAUCAUUCCUUCAUUCUUUCAUUUCACGGCCAUCUGGCCUCUGUCCGUCUUGCUGCGGUGACGCCGAGGUUGUGACAAUGGACUCCUUGGGUUAGAAGCACGCUCAGCUUCCAUGUCCGGGUCCCUUGUCCUGAGAAGUCAGGGACCACCUACACAUUCCACCAGGGGGGACGCUGGCUGGCCUGUUAUUAUGGUCUGGUUCUCUGAUGGAUCUUACGCAGCCAUUACACCCAUUUGGUUUCGAUUUGAUUCCUUACACGUUUCAGGGCAGCCCACAUCUUCUCUGGCCGUGUUCCUUCUGGAGUUAGGAACACAGAUGCCCACGUGUGUUCUCAAACAGGGGGGCACCUGGCUUCGGGGGGCUGGUGUCCGGGUGAACCCCGGGGCCUUCUGAAAUGCCUUCUUCCUCCGUGUCCACCCAGGUGAGCUGUCGGGGAGGAACGCCGAGGCGGGGCAGGAGAUGUUCUGCUCAGGCUUCCAGACCUGCGCCCGGGAGGUGCUGCAGUACCUGGCCGCGCACGAGCACACGCGGGACCUGAAGUCCUCGCAGCUCGUCGCCCACCUGCACCGCGUGGUCUCGGAGCUGCUGCAGGGCGGCGCCUCCCGGAAGGUGUCGGACCCGGCGCCCAAGGCCGCGGACUUCAAGGAGAAACCCGGCGCCCUGGCCAAAGGCUCCGAGGGCCCGGCCAAGAACUGCGUGCCCGUCAUCCAGCGGACUUUCGCCCACUCGAGUGGGGAGCAGAGCGGCAGCGACACGGACACAGACAGCGGCUACGGGGGCGAGUCUGAGAAGGGCGACGUGCGCGGGGAGCAGCCGUACCUCAAAGGUGACCACGGACGCAGGUUCGCUGCCGGAGAACGGAUCGGGGCCAUUAAGCAAGAAUCCGAAGAACCCCCCACGAAAAAGAGCAGGAUGCAGCUCUCAGACGACGAAGGCCGCUUCCCUGGCAGCGACCUGAUCGGCUCCCCGUUCCUGGGCCCACACCCACACCAGCCCCCCUUUUGCCUGCCCUUCUAUCUGAUCCCGCCGUCAGCCACCGCCUACCUGCCCAUGCUGGAGAAGUGCUGGUACCCCACGUCCGUGCCCCUGCUCUACCCAGGCCUCAACGCCUCCGCCGCAGCCCUCUCCAGCUUCAUGAACCCGGACAAGAUCUCGAGCCCCUUGCUCAUGCCCCAGAGACUCCCCUCUCCCUUGCCAUCGCACCCGGCCCUCGACUCCUCCGCCCUGCUCCAAGCCCUGAAGCAGAUCCCCCCUUUAAACCUGGAAACCAAAGACUGAACUCUGUAGGGAUCCUGCUGCUUCGCUUUCCAUCCUCCCUUUCAAAAAAAAAAAAAAAGUGUGUUUGUGUGAGCGCAGGGCGACUGUUCCGGGGUGUGUGCCAGGUCGUCCGAGGCAGCGGGGAGAGGAGCUGGGGGUGGGCGUGUGGGCUGUGUGUUGGUUUCGGACCUUGGGCCCCUUCGGGGCGCCAUGAAGGACGGCCUGCCGCCAGGAGACUUGGGGGGGUUGUCGCAGGACCUCUGGGCUCGUCCCCACCCAGAGAAUAACCCCUGGCUACCAGUCAGCUGGGUUUUCAAAAGCUUCCGAGGCUGGGUCUGUGAGUCAGUCUCCGCUCUGGGAUCCGGCCAGUGGCUUUGAGAAAAAGGUACUUUCAAAAGAGGGCUUUCCAACGCACAGUUCCCAGCCGGCUCCCCUGACCCCGCCCGCCUCCCUUGCACCCUGGCCAUGACUCACCGCGCAGGGAGAGGGCGGCCAGGCCCAGCUUUCCGCUAAGUGGCGAGGUGGCCCACGGGGCCUGCCUCGCACGAUCGUGGUCUGGGGAGAUUUCCGCAGGCCCGCUCCCCACCCUGCCUCCGCGGCACGGAGAGCGCAGUUCCCUCCCCGGCUUUCGGGGUGAUGAUGCGCUGGCUGAGGAACUGAAAGGGCCUCGGACAAGCCCAGCUGCCAGGGGUGUGGGCGCGGUCCCCGGGGCCUCGGGCACCUGUUUCCAGGUCUCGCCGUCCAGGGAGCCACACCAGGGUCUGAGAGAUGCAGACGCCUAAGUUCCUAGCGCCCCCAAGUGCAUCAGGCUGCCUAACAUCGCUACCUUCCACCAGCCAAGGCUCGGUUUUCGGUUCUGGCCUAAAGCUCCUUGUAACCAAGCUUAGCUUCCCGAAGGCCUGCCUGAGCCUUUAACAAGACCCUUUCCGUAGCCUAAUGCCCUCCCUGCCCCACACACGCACACACACACCACCACCAUCACCAGGGCACGUGGAGUCUCCUUCCGAGAAGGUUUCAAACCUCUUGGUCCAGGGGACCUGUCCCAGAUUUGUCCAGCCAGGCCCGCACCAGCCCUGCAUUUUCCAAAUGCACGACGCUUGGCCGCCGACCGUGUUCUUCUCACUCUUUCUUUCCCUGUUUUUAUUUUGGUAUCAAGUCGUUGCCUUUAUUUGUAAAACGGUGAUAAAUAUAUAUAUUAUAUAACUCUAUUAAAGAGGAGACUUUCAGGUGUUUAUUUGUAUAACUACUUGAUCUGCACCUCGAGGACAAUGAAUGUACUCCUGUUCCUGGAGAGAGGGCCGCGUCUCUUUUGCUCGGGGGAGAGGUACAGUGUUUAUAUUUCGGAGCCUUCCUGAAGGUGUGAAACUGUAAAUAUUUUUAUCGAUGAGUCGAUGUUGAGUGGCUGUUUUAAAGGACUGAAUAAAAUCGCGCUCUUCCCGUGGAAGGGAAA